AUGUACGCGGGGGCAAGAGAACGCAAUGGAAAUAAAAAACUGGCUGUCCGGUAUCCCAAACCCCUGCAGAAUGGGGGUAGAGGGACGCAAAGGUCGGAGAACGGGAGACAUAGGCUGUUGAAAACUUUCCAGCUUGGUCAGGGCGCGUCCAGAGGCCUAGCAUGGGCCCGGGAAAGGACAUCAGGGCUGCAUUUCGCCCGCCGCCCCCAGCCAACGCACCUAUCGGCUAGCGGCGAGGUCCCUAACUCACCCCCGUCGUUCUGGACCACCUACACCCCUGCUAGAUCCGAGCGAGAGGGCCAACGCCCCCCGGCCACCCAGAGGCAUCACGUGGGCGCCGGGAAUACAGAGAGGGACGACAACUGA